AUGCCUCGUUUCUCUGGUCGUUCCUUGUCCUCACCAAACGAAUCUAGAAAGUCUUCGCAGCCUCCUGUCAAGGGUCACGUUGACCAAUUCACUGAAGAUGGCAAUAUAGUAUCUGUGAAGGCCGAUGAUGGCACUGAUAGGAAAGACAGCACUGCCUCAUCCAUAAAAAGCGUGAGUAGUGUUGUAUCAUUCAGCCCCAAAGUUGCGGUUGAGAUGGAAAAGGAUACUAUCGCACUCAGGCCGCCCAUACAAGCACCACCGCCAGCCAAUAUAAAAAAUCUCGUUCCCAUGAUGAACUGCGGUUUGUGUUCCAAGACUACAAUGGUGGUCGAGUCUCCAUCACUUGAUAAUCUUGAUAAAAGGCUCAAAACAUGUCUUGAAUUCAUAACAAAGCGUGUUAAUGACACAACGAUAGCAAAGGAGAAGAAUCCCAAAUGGUACGAAAAACAUACAUCGUUUCAAAAAUGGGGGCAAGAUUUGGAGGACAAAUCCGAUCCGAGGUACUUAUUCGAGAUACGAAUUGUAAUGCCAGGCAGAAAGGAUGCAAAUAGUCAAGAAAAAUACAAUACGUCUUUCUGGUUACCCAGAAAUUGGGACCCAGCUACUCCAAAAUCUCCCCACGUUCGUGACAUAAUCCUUUGGCACUUAUUUGGUGGACCUUUUCGAGUCUAUCCAGGUCAUUUCGAUUGUUCAAUGAAUGAUCCCGAUGAUUGUCACCGUUCAUGUCAAUCAACAUUCAGGACCAAAGGUUUGAAUGAUUUCAAACGUGUUGAGAACGUCGAAGCGAUGACUAUUCGCAUGACAUGCAGGUGUGGUUCAAAGAAUGAACUGGAUCCUAGGUGGCGUGUAAUUUUGUAUAAACGAAUGACAUCUACAGAAAAGAGGAAGCAUGAAGAAGAUGCUGACCUGAAGAAAUUUGCGAAAACUCAAAAUUCUCAAACCUCAGGGGCUAACGUGGUAGGGAACUUUGGCAUCAAUUUUGGGGCAUCUUCAGGGGGUCUACUUGAAUGUGCAACGGAGGAUAGCAGACAAACGAUUGAAGAAGCCGACCGAGUCACGCAGAAGCUUGAGGAGAAUAUGAAUAAUAGCAAGUCUCUCGUAGGCGAAAAUGCUCUACCAGGAAUUACGGAAGAAGCCAACACAGACACCACGAAUGAGCAGGCGAAAUUGGGAAUUCAAAAUUCUUCAUCCAUCGACAAUGAGAGCAUUGCAUUCAUCGAUUUUGGUGCUGAUAAGGACAAUAAUUCAGAAGAACAGAAUAGAGCUGGAGAACCGCAACCUUCCGUACUCAAAGAUGAGAGCAUUCCACCAACUGGGACUCGUCGGAACGGCGAUGAAGAAAAAGAAAACCAAAUUCAGCAAUUCGAAUCUUCAGUAGUUCAAAAUGAGAGCAUUUCAGCUACUAGUUUUGAAAAUUCACAGAACUCUGAUUCAGAUGGACGAGAUGCAUUUCAGAACUGGCAAUUCCAAGAUUAG